AACGCAAAGAACAAGAUCAUCGCUCUGCCGCUGGAAGAACUUCCGAACAAGAUUAAGGGCAUGGUGCGGAAUGCGAAGCGCGCCGAGGCGGAGAUCGCCGCGCUGAAGAUCUCCUACCUCAAGAGGAUCGGCAAGGGCUCCAACAUCGUCGUCAUGGACUCGUACGGUGACAACUCCAAGACUGUGGCCAAGACACUCAACAGCGUGGGGUUCAAGAACUGCUGGGUCAUGGCCGGCGGCUUCUCGGGCCGGAAAGGGUGGGCGCAGAGCCGCCUUGGGACGGAUUCCUACAACCUCUCCGUUGUCGAAGUCGUCAAGCCGUCACGGGUGAUUCCGGCGGCCGCUGAACGGUUCGUGACGGUCUCGUCGACUUCGACCCCCUCCAGGACGACUCGCAAGCUUCUCCCUGGCAGCGUGGACAGCUGAGAAAAGAUUUGAACUCUGUAGAGAUCCGAUGUCCAUUUCACUGAAUUUCCAGCUUUUGUUCUGUAACCUGUACAAUGUUAGUGCUGCAAAUUGCUUAUCAAGCAUCCUCAGAAGAAAACACCACAAAUAUCUGGGGCAUAUAGCAAUCAGUGAAAAUUUAGGAAAUGGCCUAGAGUAAUGAGGUUUAGUUGCUGGAAGGAGUCAAAGUUGCCACAAAGAACAUCACUGUUUGUGAGCCAGAAUUUGUAAUAUAUCCAGUUGACUGAACACAUACAGUUCACUAAA